AGUCAAAUCCAGCUUUUGAGAGAGUCUGCAGUGGUCCAGCCUUCUAGAGAAGAGGAAAUAUCUUGGAUGACCUAGUGGGUUACACUGAGUGUAUAUUUAUCCCACCCUUCUCCAUUUCAUGGAAGCAGUGGCUGGAAACACAGUUGGUUUAUGGGACUCCUUAUAAAGGCUUGUCAUCAGUGAGGGGGAGUCAAUGAGGGGAGUGGAGCCAGUGGGGGAGAGAAGGCAGUGACAGUAACAGAGGAAUAACAGAUUAAGCCGCUAGAGAAGAAAGCAGGAGCUCUACUAGUGAUAAAGCAUACACAGACACAUAGAAACAUUGAGAGACAGUAGACAUGAUACAGACAGGUCUGCAGAAAGCAAAGCUGUAGGGAAGGAAGCAGGAAGGCUAGUAUCAGGCUGCUCAUCUCCAUAGAAAAACCUAAAUCUUCUACACAGCAAGGACCACUGGAAAGAUGCUGCCAGGAGAAACAACUGCCAAAGAGCCUGCGAACAACCCUGUUCCAGCCCAGAAGCCUGGUGAGAAGGAGAAACUGGAUGAGGCCAAAGCAUUCUAUGACAAUCUCACCCCCACCAAGAAACCCAAAUCGCCUAAACCUCACAAUGCAAUAACAAUAGCAGUAUCCUCCCGAGCACUUUUUCUCAUGGAAGAAGAGCAAAAGAUUUACCAAGAAAAGGGUCUGGAGGAAUAUGUUCGAUAUCAGCUAGAACAUGAAAAUGAGCCUUUCAAGCCUGGAGCUGCAUUCCGUUUUGUGAGGGCUCUAGAAUCAGUUAACAUUCAACUUCGCCAGCUAUAUCCAGACAGUGAAGAUCUCUUUGAUAUUGUCCUCAUGACUAAUAACCAUGCUCAAGUUGGAGUUCGACUCAUUAAUACCAUAAACCAUUACAACCUCUUUAUCGAGCGUUUCUGUAUGACUGGAGGCAACAGCCCAAUUGGAUACCUAAAAGCUUAUCACACCAAUCUGUACCUCUCAUCUGAUGGCCAGAAAGUGCAGGAAGCUAUAGAAGAAGGUAUAGCAGCAGCAACCAUUUUUAGCCCAAGUCACAAUAUGUCUGUCCAUGAAGAACAACUACGUGUAGCCUUUGAUGGAGAUGCUGUUUUGUUUUCUGAUGAGUCAGAGCAAAUUGUGAAAGAACAUGGGCUGGACAUGUUUUUUGAACAUGAGAAAGCUUAUGAGAACAAGCCUCUGGCACAGGGACCUCUGAAGGGUUUCCUGGAAGCUCUGGGGAAGUUACAAAAGAAAUUUUAUUCCAAGGGAAUGAGGAUAAACUGCCCUAUUCGCACUUAUUUAGUUACUGCACGUAGUGCUGCUAGUUCUGGUGCACGAGCUCUAAAAACUCUACGUAGUUGGGGACUUGAGACUGAUGAAGCAUUAUUCUUGGCUGGAGCCCCUAAGGGACCUCUCCUUGAAAAGAUUCGCCCACACAUAUUUUUUGAUGACCAGAUGUUUCAUGUUGAGGGAGCUAAGGAGAUGGGCACAAUAGCAGCUCAUGUACCAUAUGGUGUAGCACAAAGACAUAAACACAAACCUUCUCAAAACAGCAAGUAAUACAUCCUUUGGCAUGCACUGUGCACAGGAUAUUACAACACUACAUAUUUAUUUGUGUUCUUUGGGUUUAAUGGAAAGCCCCCAGAUUGUUUACAAAGCUCCUUGUUCUUUAUUAGAACCAAAUGGGGCAUUAUAUGAUAACUAUAAAGUGACUUCUUUUUGUGAUGAGCGCCAUGCAAAGUCACUAUUGCUGCCUGCUUUGCAUAAUGACAUGCCUCCAUUGCCAGAGAAUGUUAUCCUUGUCUAUUGUCCAUGUUACAGAUGCUUCUGUGCUUAUAUGUAACAGUGAUGUGGUGAAUGUAACACUACUAAACAUGCCGCUAACUAUUACCUUCUUGCUAGUGAUGCACCAUAUCCACUAUUUUAGGAUUUGGCCAAAUAACGAACCGAACUUGAACCUUAAUUUGCAUAUGUAAAAAUCGGGGGGGGGAAGAAAGAGAACCACAUGCGCAAUACGUGUGUGACGAAAACGCAUGUGAUUUUUUUUGGAUUCCGUUCGGUCAGCCACUUGGAUUCGGCCGAAUCCAAAUACUGCUGAGAAAGUCUGAAUCUUGGCCGAAUCCUCAAUUUGGUGCAUACCUACUUACUUUGCACAGCUUUAACAAAGUGGCAAAAGGGAUGGUAACGUCUUAGAGCAGCUUUAAUUACAUUUCCCAAAAGUUAAAAUAACUCACCCAACUCUGAAAAUUAUUAGGUGUGCAAAAAUACAAAAAACACUUUACUCUCUGAAUUUUUGCUUUUAUGUGCAAUGUAAAAAUACACUCCCAUUGUAUGAUAUUUACGUGCUAAAUGAUAGUGUUCCUUUCCUCAGUGGAUUCUUGGUGUAGUUUUGCUAAUAGGGUGUUUGAGGUUUGGUAAUGGUGUCCUUUUGCUUGUUUAUGUGGAUGGAUAUCCCCUGUAAGUUUUUGUGCAUAUUUAUUAACCAUAAAAUAAGUAUCCCAGUUUUGCUAUGUGCCAUGUAUACACAUACUGUGAGAUGUACAUGUACUGGAUGCUGGAAACAUUGAAUUUUGCUUCUCAGAGUAGGAGAAGAGGUCGAAAUGUGUGAGUGGGGAGGCCAUUACUAACUCCCAUCCUAACUGAGGCCUCAAGGUGGAGGAGAAGGUGAAGGUAUGGUGUGUGUAAUAGCAGCAGUGUUGGAGGCUGGUGGUGAGUUGGCACAUUGUGAAGGUAUGAUGUGUAUAUAUAUAUAUCUAACAUAGUAGAUACAUAUAUAUAAAAAUUUAUUUUUCUAAAUUUUGUCUUCCACACCACUAAAUAGAGAUAUACUAUAUGACUAAUAAAAAGAUUAGACAUAAAAUACUAUUUUAAAACAUAAUUGUUCCUUGAAUACUUUAGGCAAAUGUUAUUAUAUACAGAUAAUAUAUAAUAAAACACAAUAAAAAAAGAUUACUAGGUGAAUUUUGGACAUUAUGCAAUAAAGUGGUUUUUCCUUGAUAUGAAACUUUAGGUACUAAUUCUGUGGUUUUUAUCUGCAUGGUUACAUUAGGAAGGAGAAACUGCAUAUUAGUGUCCAUCCAUCCUAUAGAAAUGUGCCUAUGUGCCACUGGUUUUCUACUUUCAUUAAUAAAUGAGUGCAAAAACAAAAGAAAAAAAGGAGCACAUUACUUUAUCUUUGCCCACAAUAAAAAAUGUUUACAGAAUUCUAGUGUAAUUGUACCUGUAGUAAACAGUUAGACAUUUUUGAAACAGAUAUCAGAGGUGGAAAGAUUUACACUGGUUAGUAAAUUUUGGGUACAUGGGCACAAAUUGUGACUAUGAGAUAAUUGUUGAGACAUGGGAGUCCACUAACACACUAUUAAAUUUGUGUGUGAUUUAACUGAAAUAACAUCAAG